AACAUACUAAACCCAACCCUAAUUUAGACUUUAUCUGCUUCGCUGCUCUCACCCAGCCUGCACACGCAGCACUCACAAUGGGUCGUGUAAUCCGAGCUCAGCGUAAGGGUGCGGGAUCCGUCUUCAAAUCUCACACCCACCACCGCAAGGGGCCGGCCCGCUUCCGCAGUCUCGACUUCGGCGAGCGCAAUGGCUACCUUAAGGGUGUUGUCACCGAGAUUGUCCACGACCCGGGCCGUGGUGCUCCCCUGGCUCGCAUCGUCUUCCGUCACCCCUUCCGCUACAAGAAGCAGAAGGAGCUCUUUAUUGCCGCCGAGGGCAUGUAUACCGGCCAGUUCGUGUACUGCGGCAAGAAGGCCACACUCGUGGUCGGCAACGUCUUGCCACUCAGAUCCAUUCCUGAAGGUGCUGUCGUGUGCAACGUCGAGCAUCAUGUCGGUGACCGUGGCGUUCUCGCCAGGGCUUCCGGCGAUUAUGCCAUUGUUAUUAGCCACAAUCCUGAUAACGACACUACCAGAAUCAAGCUUCCAUCUGGUGCCAAGAAAAUUGUUCCAAGUGGAUGCCGAGCAAUGAUUGGACAAGUUGCAGGUGGGGGGAGGACUGAGAAGCCUCUUCUCAAGGCUGGCAAUGCUUAUCACAAGUAUAGGGUGAAGAGGAACUGCUGGCCUAAGGUGCGUGGUGUGGCAAUGAACCCAGUUGAGCAUCCUCAUGGAGGAGGUAACCAUCAGCACAUUGGACAUGCUAGCACUGUUAGGCGUGAUGCACCUCCUGGACAGAAGGUUGGUCUUAUUGCUGCAAGGAGAACUGGUAGGCUCAGAGGUCAAGCUGCUGCAACUGCUGCCAAGGCUGAUAAGGCUUAGGCUUACGUUAUCACUUGUUUCCUCUUAUCAUCUCACCUUUAGGUUUAUUUGUUCAAGACUAUUCAGCAUAUUGUGGUUACAAAUUUGUUUUACUUUGCAUUUAGUAUCAAUUUGAAAUAUUUCAUAAUGAAUAUUGCAUCAUCCUUGAUGAGAAUUUGGCUACAAUGUCUGGUGGAACUCGAUUGUUCUUGAUAAACAUUACAUCAUUCU